UCUGCAUGGGCAAAGCUCAACACCGACGCUGAAAUAAACAGUAGAGCUGAGCUGAUACUCCAUAUUUUCGUAACCUGAUCUGAAAUAACCACGAAAGAUGGCACCUGAGUGUGGGAUUGCUUGAAUUUCAAUAACCUCCAUGCAUUUUUGUAAAACCAGUCAAAGGUAGUACAAUGUUUUCCUUUAUCACGUCUCUUAUUCCCACUUCCUACUUCCUCCCAGGAUGGCUGACUCUCGAUACAAAUCCAGUGGACAGUUUACUUCAAGGACUGGUAGGUGCGUGUGGGAUCUCUGUGCUAUGCUCCCUGUUAAGACUGCACUUAUUUCUAGAGGAGAGCUGGAGUGAUAAAAAUGAUAAAGACACAUCAAGCCAGAAGACACCCAGUCAUCAAGGGAGACCUAAAACUGGUCUUUUGGGGAUGCUCCACUUUUUGGUUUUGACCGGGAUACUAGCUGUAGUGGGCUCUCGUGUUGCCUCCCUGGUGGUACUAGAGUUUUGUCUUCGAGGUGUCUCUGGAUUGCUUACAGCAGGACCAGAGUACCAGAAAUUUCUGCAGCAGCUGUUAGUUCAAAGCCAGUUCUCUCUUGGUUGCGCCUUGAGCUGCAGUUUGCACUUUCUCCACGAGGGGGCGUCUCAUCGCUGGCUAUGCUUGCUCCUGGCAGCAGCACUCAGCUGGUUCCUGGCUCGGCAGGCCACACGGCUGCUGCACCACGUCCUGGCUCUGUAUAAACUCCACAGCUCACAGCGCUACUGCGGUAUUUGCAUCAGCCUCCUCACAUCAGGCCGCUACCUGCUGCCCAUGCUGUGCAGGACUAUGAUCAUUACUUUCUCUGUGGCUGUGGUGGCCGCCAUAUCAAUCAUCAAUCAGCACUUCCUCUCUGCAACAGAGGCCCUCAGGUUUUGGACACCACUGACUAUCUGCUACACACUGUUGGUUGUGUACAUGCAGGAGGAGCAGCACCGUCUGCCCAGCAGCCAGGCUGUCCUGAACACAGUAGUGGUGCGUCUUGGUGGUUUGAUGGUCCUGAUGCUGACUGUUGGACGCUGGGCUGACGUGUUCCACAUCCUAAUGUGUUUCCUGGGUGAGGCCAGCUGUCUAAUCCCCACUAUGGAUCUGCUGGAUGCAGCAUCCUCACAGGAUGAAGAGGAUUAUACAGAAUACGUAAAGAGAGAGCAUCGACGAAGACCGCAGGCACAAGAGAAGGAGCAUCACAGACAGCCACACAGGGAUGUUAAAAGCUAGUGGCAUUUAUUUUAAUGUAAAGUCCUAUUAGGGCUACAUCAACAAUGAAUACAUUUGUAUAUAGAAUGUUUU